AUGCAUCUCUGCAGAAGAAAGGUGUGUCCAAUAUACGCGCGUUACAUUGCACCAAAGCGCCAACCUCUUAUCUACCAACCAACACACUUUAAGGAAAACCUUUUCUUUCUUUCCUUUCUGUUUCUAAUCUAUUACCUAUACACUCCUCUUUCUCUUCUUCAUUUAAAGCAAUCUCUUUCCUUAUUUUUUUCUCUCCCUCUCUCUUAUUACACAUUACUCUUUCUUUCACUCUUAUUGCCCUCAAACGAGCAUUCGCUCACCGUGGAGUGUCCCAUUCUUUUUCUUUUUAUUCUGCUUCCUUUUGUUUUUCUUUUUUUUUUUUCCUUUCAUGUCUUUUUUUUCCUUUGCUUUCACACUUUUCUUUUGAUUUCACCCUUUUUUUUUACUCUCACCCUUUUCUUUCUUUCUUUUACUCUCACCCUUUUCUUUCUUUCUGUUUACUCUCACCCUUUUCUUUCUUUCUUUUUACUCUCACCCUUUUCUUUCUUUCUUUUACUUUCACCAUUUUUUUUCUUUCUUUUUACUCUCACCCUUUUCUUUCUUUCUUUUACUUUCACCAUUUUCUUUCUUUCUUUUUACUCUCACCCUUUUCUUUCUUUCUUUUUACUCUCACCCUUUUCUUUCUUUCUUUUUACUCUCACCCUUUUCUUCCUUUCUUUCUUUUUACUCUCACCGUUUUCUUCCUUUCUUUCUUUUACUCUCACCCUUUUCUUUCUUUCUUUCUUUCUUUCUUUCUUUCUUUCUUUCUUUUACUCUCACCCUUUUCUUUCUUUUACUCUCACCCUUUUCUUUUUACUCUCACCCUUUUCUUUCUUUCUUUCUUUUACUCUCACCCUUUUCUUACUUUCUUUUCCUUAA